AAACGGCGGCCAAGCGUUGCCCGGUCGCCCUGGCUGGGGCAGUACUUAGAUAAACAAAAGAAUUCGCCAGUUUCUUUUCUUUUCUUCCUCCUGGAUUCGUUCACGCAUAACUAAUAUUCACACGUUGACUAACUAUCUAUUUCCUGCUUCUUCAGUCUUCUUCAACUCCCUGUGCUUCAACUCUUCUACGUCGGCUCCGUUUUCUCGCUGGGCCUUUUUCCCGUCAUUCCAUCCGGCAUCCUUCAUUGUUCGGAUCCGUCGUCAUUCCAGACAACUGGGGACUCUCGCUCUUGUUGCUCACAUUCCAGCCAAACCUUAAGAGGUCGCUUUUAAGAUCUACACCACUCCCCAAAAUCUCCGAACACCAUGGACUUCACGAUGGAAGACACUCAAAACGCUGCCCCCGAGGCCCAUGAGGCUUCCAAGCUGGCUCCCUCCGCGCAGCGGACUGACACCCAGAGUGUGACGAAACGUCUUCAGACGGAACUGAUGCAGCUCAUGCUCUCUCCGUCCCCGGGCAUCUCCGCCUUCCCCAACGCAGAUGGCAACCUCCUCGCGUGGACGGCGACCAUCGUUGGUCCGACCGAGACGCCGUACGAGAACCUCACCCUGAAGCUGUCCUUCUCCUUCCCCACAAACUACCCCUAUGCGCCUCCGACGGUGCUCUUCAAGACGCCCAUCUACCACCCGAAUGUGGAUUUCUCCGGUCGGAUCUGUCUUGAUAUCCUGAAGGACAAGUGGAGUGCCGUGUACAACGUCCAGAGCGUGCUGCUCAGUCUACAGAGCUUGCUGGGGGAGCCUAACAAUGCAAGCCCACUGAACGGCCAGGCGGCUGAGCUCUGGGACAGCAACCCAGAGGAGUUCAAGCGCCAUGUCCUCGCGCGACACCGGGAUAUUGAGGAUGACGAGUGAACAAGUGGCUGGAUAAAACUUACAACUAUAUGUCUGGCAAACGACACCUUCAUACCAUGUGCCUGGAGAUAACAGGUUCAUGGGAAUUUGCAUUCUCUCAGGAGAUAAUAUUGGCUAAGCUGGUCCGGCGAGUCGGCUUUUGGAACAGGCGUGGCUCAUCCAAGUGGUUCGUGGGUCUGGAGUUUUUGCGUAAUGGGCUAUACCCGAUUCUUUUUUUGGGUCCUGGAAUCAGUUACACGAGCAUGCAUUCCUGGAAAUCCCUAUCAUUAGUUUCAUUUCUUUCUUCUCGCGUUCUGUCGAACGUCUCCUUUUAUGUCCAUGCAACCUUGCAAGGGACUUACAUACAUGGGGCGUAGUUCUUUGCAGUCAAAGCGUUGAGUUUCUUUUUGCAUUACUUGCAUCAUGCAUUCAUCUAUCUGGAACGUGGAGCAUAUAGUCUAUAUACUUUAUCUUCCAUCGUCUUCAUUGAUGCCU